ACUGGUGCAAAUUUCUCGUCAUGACAUGAGCGUCUGCCUGGACCUGUAGGAAGGAGCUGGCGCUGCAGUCCGCCGAGCUGAGUCUGCGAGGCUGAGACAGCUGCACCUCUGGUCUGCUGCCGAGAGACGGAUGAGAUGUGACACAGCGCCGGGACAUGCUAACGCUACCUUCACAUCUGGAUCAGAUUGUGUCAUUUUUCGUCACUUUGCCGUGUUUUACUCAGCUGUUUUUUUUUGCUUAAGCUUGCUUUUGCUUGAAGCAGGCCAGUCACCAAUGCUCUCACUGAGCUACCAUCACAUAGAUGUCGAUCUGACUUGCUGCAAGCUAGCGUUAGCUCGCUGAUGCUAGCUAGCUAGCUACCCUUCAGGCGUCGAAGUGGCCACAUAAACAUGCGGAUCAUCGAGGCGGAGACCCCCGGGACAUCUCUACCGUCGGACGCUUUCUGGAGGACACGAGUUUUCGACUAGCCGCUGACUGGACUCUGCAGUCUUUGUAGAGGGGAAAGAGUGACGAAUCUCAAGGACCAGAUUGCCUGCUGAACUUUUUGCCUCUCAGACAGAUCGCCAGGGACCAUGCUGACCAUUCUAGCUGCUGGGUCUGUGUUCUUUCCAGGCCUUUUCCUGCUGUCCAAGCAAUGCCUCAAGUCAAUCCCAGCUCUGAGGUGGAGCGAAGGAGAUGCAGUCAUUGUAUCCGCCAGGUUGGUGUCAUCAAUCCAGGCAGUCAUGGCUUCUUCAGCUGGCUACAUCAUUGCUUCUUCCUGCGAGGACAUCCUGGAGGACCAGCACUGGCUGACUAGCACUUACAUCAUGUUUGCUGUUCCCUACUUUGUGUAUGACAUCUACGCAAUGUUCAUGUGCUACUGGUACAAGCUCCGGGUCAAAGGGCACGAGGAGGCCUCGGCAGCACCCCAACACAUGAGCACUGCACUGACCAGCUACUUGCGUCGCGAGUUCCUCAUGGUGCUGCACCAUGUUGUCAUGGUCACCGUCUGCUUCCCCGUCUCUGUGUUUUGGCGACAAGGAAAGGGAGAUUAUUUCCAGGGAGUAAUGUUCAUGGCUGAGCUCAGCACUCCAUCUGUCUGCUUAGGAAAAAUACUCAUCCAGUACAAACAGCAACAUACUCUCCUGCACAAAGUGAAUGGGGCUCUUAUGCUGAUCACUUUUUUCAUCUGUCGAGUCCUCCUCUUCCCUUACCUCUACUACGCCUAUGGAAGGUACGCGUCCAUUCCCUUCCACAUGGUUCCCCUGUCAGUGCCCUGGCACUGUAAUCUCGGUGCCGCUCUGCUCAUGGCUCCCCAGCUCUAUUGGUUCUCCCUAAUUUGCAGGGGCGCCCUGCGACUAUUCACGGGCUCCUCCCGCUCUCGGAGACCAUGUGCGACCACCGGCGUAGCCAAGGAGAGGCAGACGGAUGGCAACGCGCUGCCCCAGCCCGCCAACGGCUACAGCACGAGCGCCUCGGAGCCUGAGCUCGCCACUCACUGAGAAGAGUGGAGGGGAGGGUGGGGAGGGAAGAAAGGCGAAUGUACCAAUGAGUAUGUAAAGAAAAGAAAGCUGUGAGGGAGAAGUGGGACUUGAAACAAGUAGCAAUAUGAAGAGAGCUACAGACGAAGGCCUCAAACAUUACUGAAGUGUUUGUGGCCAGCAGUUAAGCUAUUAACAGCGAAAUGAUUUGGUUGCUGGCCUUCAAGCACUUCAACUUCUGAGUUUGUACAAAACAAGUGGAGUGUUAACGCACUCAGUAUUUAACGAUGUCAUCUGGCACUGUGAAAGAUAGGAACAUGCACUGACCUGAGAGAAAUCUGCCUGGAUGUAUAGCAAGCAUAGGUGGCUAUUUCCCUCACGUAGAUCAAAUUCAGUCCUCUCUGCCUCUUGGUAUAGGAAGAGUAGGAAAAUAGGAAUGUAUUAUAUUGUAUGUUAGUACAUUUGCUGUAGAUGGAAGGCCUGAUUCAGUUUAGUAAUGAAGAAGACCUUAAAAAAAGAAAAAAAACCCGGCUAAGCAGUAUUUUGACUUGUUAGUGUUUAAUAUCUGUAUCCUCUAUGUAGUCACUGUCACUCUAACAAAAUGUAACCAACCUGAAGGCUGACUCAGCUUUAGAAGGGAGAUAAUCUCAUAAGACUGUAUUCUGCUGCCUUAUCCCUUUUCCCCAUUCUUUGCAGUUUCUUUAGGUUUUUAUUUAUUUUGAUCCUCGGAAGAGGCUUCUUCAGAGAGAAAAAUGUGACGGGUGUACAUAGCCGAUGUAAAAUUGUCCUUAUUUCCACCUCAGUAUUAGGUCAAUGUUGGUUUUUUUUUUUUUUUUAGGUUUUGUCUCAAUUCUGCAUCUGAUGUUUCUACAGACGUUUUUGAACGAUGACGUUUCAGCAUUAACACAAAACAUUUCACUGUUUUGCAGCUUAGUGUAUGCAAAGUUUUCCCCAAUCGUUGUGGCAGUGGUUCUUGUUUCAGUCUAGAUAUGACUUCAUUCCAUUUACUGGUAUCACAAAGUGUUUUUAGCAUACAAGGAAGUGAUGCACAGUAGCUUUCACUUUAAAAUGAGUGUGGUUUUUUUUUUUUUAGAUUGGUGCUGAUGUAAAUCUGAAAAAUUCCAUUUGAUUGGCAGGGAUAUUUCAGUAAGGGAUCCAUAACAUUUGAGUAUUUAUAGCUUUGUCAGGGGACUUUGCAAUUUUUGCCAAUUGAAGGGAAACAAAAAUGAAGAAUAAUCUCGUAGGGAACCAUCCCCUUGUAAUAGAUGUGCAGCACAUUUGUCCAUGGCAACUUAUUCUGAUGUUCCUCAUUUAUAUUUUAGCCAUUAAGUUUUCGAAUUAUUUUAAGCCUUUUACAUUUUAUGAAAUACUUUGAUCAUUUAGCCGUUUAUUUGAGCCACUGGUUCUAUGAACCUCCUAUGAACAAACUGGCUAGUUUUAUCAUUUUACGUUUGUUUGAAGCAGCUUCAAUGUCCUAGAAAUAGCUCAAUUAAAACAAAGCUCAGAAACCAUCAAGACAGGGCAGCGUGUGCCAAAACAUCUGGACAUCUGUGGGCAUGUUGAACACAGAACAUCCAUUCCCGUUGGACUCAUAAGGUACUGCUUCAUGACAAUACUAAAAUUCAACUGAUGUACUGUAUAUUCCACAAAAUGCUCGUUAUUUAUUUGUAUGUAUUUAUUUAUUUAUUUAUUUGGUUUGUGGUUUUGAAUGCAUAUUUAUGCAUACAUAUUAUACUAUAUGCUUCUGAGCCUUAUGUGAAGGCUGUAUUGUUACUCCAACUUAGCUAAAAUAUACUUCUCUGUCCUGA